UUCUCAUUCAAAAUGGCAACAAAUUCGAAUGAUGGCGGUAGUACGCCACUUACGGAGGAAAAAGGAUGGCCAUUGGUGAAACAACAAAUUAUUAAAGAUAAAAUUAAAGUUACGCAGUGGGCAAUUAGACUGCUUAGUAUUUUCUUCACUUUUACAUAUUUCUAUCCAAUAUUUGGAAACCCAUACGAUGCCUAUUAUAAAGUAUUACUUAGUUGUAUAGCGACAAAUCUUCUUCGACUUCACCAACGAAUACCAAGAAUUUCAUUUACAAUGGAAUUCGUUAGGAUGUUAUUUUGGGAAGAUUCUUUUCAUUAUUUAUUUUAUGCAUUCAUUUUUCAAUACAAUUCGCCAAUUACUGUGGUCGUUGCUCCGAUAUUUCUCUUUGCUUUGCUUCAUUUUUCAAGCUACACCUUGACAUUUCUUGACUGCUUAGGACAAAAUAGAUGGUCAGCAGUUCGCUUAUUCAUUUCACUUAUUGAAUUCCAGUCUCGAAAUAUUUUGACAUUUUGUGCACUUUGUGAGAUAUUGAUUAUGCCUUUAACCAUAUUUUUUAUAUUUACCGGCAGAUCAGGAUACCUUACCCCUGUUUUCUACUAUCAAUUUUUACAAAUGCGCCUAGCUUCUAGAAGAAAUCCAUUCACACGUAAUGUUUAUAUUGAGAUUACAAAUUCUUUAAAUAAUAUUUCUAUGAAACCAAAUGUGCCUGAUGUCUUGAAAAGAAUAAUUACAAAUUUUGUUGAACUUAUGCGUAGAAUGAUGCCUAUUCAUCAUUAAUUUAAUGAUCUGGUAACAUAGGUGAUUCG